CGCCGACCCGACGGCACAGACUUUCUCCGUUGAAGAAUCAGCGAGAUGAAGAGCAGCGCCAACCCGGCACCAUGCGCUCCAGGCUCCCACGGACCGCCUGCUUAUUGCGAAUCAUUGCACUCUGCAUCCUUCUCUCGCACACUGCAGCUUAUUUUGGGCUGACAGGUCGGGAACCCUUGGUGUUUUUACCGGGUCCGUUUUCCAAUGAACCCCCGACAGGCAAGGCCCACCUGAAGCAGUGCGAGCAGAUGACUCUGACCAGGCGGCAGAAGAGACUGUGUCGCAGGGAGCCUGGUUUGGCCGAGACGCUACGGGAGUCUGUGCGCCUCAGCCUCCUGGAGUGUCGGUAUCAGUUCAGAAAUGAGCGCUGGAACUGCAGUUUGGACGGCCGGGGAAGUCUUCUGAAAAGAGCAUUCAAGGAGACUGCCUUCCUGCUGGCAGUGUCCUCUGCGGCGCUGACCCAUGCACUCGCCAAAGCAUGCAGCUCAGGCCGAAUGGAGAGGUGCACAUGUGACGACUCCCCCGGCAUCCAGCAUCGAGAAGCGUGGCAGUGGGGGGUCUGCGGUGACAACUUGAAAUAUAGCACCAAGUUUCUCAAGAAGUUCCUCGGCCAAAAGAGGGUCAGCAAGGACCUGAGGGCUCAAGUCGACUCCCACAACAUCAACGUUGGAAUUCGGGCAGUGAAGAGCGGGCUGAAAACUACCUGCAAGUGUCACGGUGUCUCCGGCUCUUGCGCCAUACGGACUUGCUGGAAGCAGCUGUCUCCUUUCCAUGACACUGGACGGCUGCUGAAGUAUCGAUAUGACACCGCAGUGCGAGUGCUGAGUGUCACCAACGCAGCCACCGGGGAGACAGAGCUUGCGGGCCCCCGUCGCCACGGCCAGAGCCUCCGCACUACUGACCUGGUCUACCUGGAAGACUCCCACAGCUUCUGCAGGCCCUCUCGCUACUCCCCGGGCACAGGCGGCCGAUCAUGUGCCAAAGACACCAGUUGUCAGAGUCUGUGCUGCGGACGUGGUUACAACACAGCCAUGCGCCUCACCAGCCUGUCCUGCCACUGCCAGGUACGCUGGUGCUGCCACGUGGAAUGUCAGACAUGUGUGAGAGAGGAGGAGGUCUACACCUGCAAAAACGCAUAGCAAAUGAUGCAGUAUGCAAAAAAAGAAAAUGUGAGAGACAAAGAGUUCAUUAUUGACCUGACAUACUGACAUGGCUGAACUAUAAGCUCCUAUAGACAAAGGGAGGGAUCUCACAGCGAGAGCAUGUCUUUGCAGAGCACCAUUCUGACCCGCAUGUUAUUUGGGGAGGAACAUAGAUUUGUAACAUUAUAAUAUUGCUGAUUAUUUGCUAACCAUCACCGAUUUGAUAUGCAGCAGCAUACUGUAGGUGAGGAUGUUUUCAAACUACUCUGCUUUUCUCUCGCUGGAUGCACUGAAAUGCCACUCUUCUGGGACGGAGGGAAAUGAGCUCUUAAAACAGAUACUGGUCUGGACUGGAUGUCAUCAGCAGUACGAUGUCAAACCCCAUCUGCAGGGGAGCUCUGACAGUGACUUUGUUGUAUUGUAAUUGCAUUGGCCCCUUCCACUUGACUAUUUAUUGUAUAAGUCAUUGUGCCUGUUGUACUGCUGCUUUAUACUUUAAUCCUUCUUGCAACUGAGUGUUGCCACUGAGGCUAAAAUGGCCUUAAAAGUAAUCCAACUGUCUGUUUUUCUGUCUGCUGUGUUCUGUUUUCUGCUGUGGAGUAGUUCAUUUCUGAUUAAAAAGCACUUACGUUGCUCUUGCUACAUAUGAUACAAAGUGUAUAAUUAAUCAUAUAAGGUAGAAAAACUGUUUAGGCCUAAAUAUAUUUUAAACUAGAAUCACUGGAAGCUUUGAGGGAAGGUUGAUGCCACUGAUAUACAUUGUAACUACAUGCAUUAACAGGGCUAUUGUGUAAAGAAACGCACUGGGUUUCAGUUGCUUUUAUGGAAAUGUCUAUGGAAAUCUCUACACAGCCUAAUGUGGGCUCAACAGAACAAAGGGAAAUACCAGAGGUAAUAGCAAGGGAAACACCAAACAUUGUCUUUGAAAAACAAAGAAUGAAAAACACUUAAUUUCUGAACAUACCAGCCCUCCUCUUGUAUUCCCUCUAUUUAUAGAAGCACACUCUAAGCUAUUGGCUAUACUUUCAAGUUUAAAAUUGCCUGACUAAACCAUUUGGUCUUCAAAGUCGAAUUUAGCCCCAUCUUUGUUCUAAACGCCUUUGAAGUGGGCUUAAUCAUGCUCCUUAUUUUCCCAAAUUGCUAAUCAAAGAAAUUCACGUUUCAUCAUGUUUACUCCCUUAUCCUUACAUACAAGACAACUCUUAUGUGUCCAUGUGUGCAGGUCAAAAGUACACUUAGGAACCAAAAGGCUUAUUUUAUUGGCCAGUUUAUGUUUUGUUUGAGUGAUUCUGAACUGCACAUAUUAUGUGAAUAUAACUCAUGUCAGGGCUCCAGGCGUAUGACAACGUGGAAUCGUAAUUCUCUACCUCACUUCAUCUUUUGGCAAAAAUCAGUAAGAUUUAUGAGCUAUCUAGAGUUAUAUCCUAUCCUUUACUUUUGUAUUAAAGAUCAUACAGUUCUUUUGAAUUUGAUGCUACAUAUCUCCAAAGGUUACUGUUUUCAAACAAAUAUUGUUGCAUUACAUUCUUAUUUAAAAUAAAUAAGAUUAAUAAAUGGACAUAAAUUUGUAA